AUGUCUCGUCUGAGUUCUGAAUUUGUGAUGAAGGAUUUAGGUCCUCUUAGUUAUUUCUUGGGCAUUGCAGUAACCCGCCAUGCAGGUGGUCUCUUUCUAUCUCAGACAAAAUAUGCCGAGGAAAUUAUUGAACGGGCAGGUAUGGCAUCCUGCAAACCGUCACCCACACCUGUUGACACCGGCUCAAAACUGAGCUCCACCGCCGGUACUCCAUAUGAUGAUCCUACGUUUUAUAGUAGCCUUGCCGGUGCUUUGCAGUAUCUCACAUUCACCAGACCGGAUAUCUCCUAUGCGGUGCAACAGGUUUGUCUUCACAUGCAUGAUCCGAAGACAAAGCAUAUGAAUGCUCUUAAGCGCAUUCUGUUCAAGAUGCAGACUGGGGUGGUUGUCCUGACACUCCACGAUCCACAUCCGGUUAUUGUGUUUUUCUCGGUGACAACCUGA